CCGGCCCCGCCUCCGCGGAGCGGCGCGGUCAGAGGCGCGGAGCGGCGCGGAGCCCCGAGGAGCUGCGGAGAUGCUGAGCUCGCCCUGGGCGCGCUUCUACUCCAACAGCUGCUGCCUCUGCUGCCAUGUCCGCACCGGCACCAUCAUCCUCGGCGUCUGGUACCUGGUAAGCGCCCCCGGCUCUCCCCGUCCCGCAGAGGUGGCUCCCAGCUCCGGGCGCUCGGCACCGGCUGCAGGGGCGCACCCACAAGCUGAGCUGCAGAAAGACAUUGUGAAGGAAGCAGUGAGCACCAGUGCUGAGUUCUUGCCCCUCUCCUGGGUGAGACCUGCUUAUUUGGACAAUAAGACAAAGAUUCAAGUAUUUGCACUUUUCACGAGUCUCAGGUUCCUCUCUGCGUCAAGGGCCAGCAUAAAUCUGGAUCAGUGUUGUCAGAGCUCUGCACUAGGGCAAGAUAUGUGCAUUGCCACUGCAAUUUCUCUUCUUAUGAUUCUCAUCUGUGCAAUGGCUACAUAUGGUGCAUAUAAGCAACAUGCAGCUUGGAUCAUCCCAUUCUUCUGUUAUCAGAUCUUUGACUUUGCUCUCAACACGUUGGUUGCCAUCAGUGUACUCAUCUAUCCCAGCACAAUUCAGGACUACCUCCAUCAGCUGCCCAACAAUUUUCCCUACAAGGAAGAGAUUAUGUCUGUGAACCCUACGUGUCUGGUUGUGAUUAUCCUCCUUUUCAUAAGUAUCAUUUUGGCUUUUAAGGGUUACUUGAUAAGCUGUGUGUGGAACUGCUACCGAUACAUUAAUGGCAGAAACAACUCAGAUGUGUUGGUGUACAUUACCACCAACGACACUGCGGUCCUGUUGCCACCAUAUGAUGAUCCUGUGAAUGGAGCUGCUAAAGAUCCACCACCACCUUAUGUGUCAGCAUAAGUGAGAGUGCUGUGUCCCUAGGGAGUAUAGCUUUACUUCUCAGACAUUGGAGCAAUAGUUUGAUAAUUUCACUUCCAGGAUAUAACCUCUGUGGGUUAUACAUUGCUGUUUUGCUGACAUGUUGAAACCUAAAUUGUAUGAUUAUUAUUCUGUAGAUAGUUUUAAUAACUUACUGCAACUACAGUAGUGUUUCAGAAACUAGUGAACUGGUUUCAGAACAAUUCUGGGUAGCGCUAAGGUUACAGUAGUCACUGAAUAGCUUUUUCCACCGUGUCUGACAUGCAGUGCUAGAGAACAUAGAACUUUGCAUUCUCAGUCAGAUUCAGUGUAACUUUAUUUUUUUUAUCUGAAAAAAUUCCAAAGCAUUACAAAUGUGUUUCUCAGAUGCCCACUUUCACCUUCAGAAUAUAGACCAAGUCCAAAAAAGCAACAUUCCCGUUCAUUCCUGUUUUACAAGAGUUUAUGAAGUUACGAUGCUAUAAAGGAUGAUGAUUGCAAGAAGGAUGAGUCUUAAUCAGUAUUCUCACCAACCUGGCUAAUGGGAAACAAAUUUAAUUGGGAAGGAUAAGUAUGGGACAUGGGGGUAGAGAAAGUGCUCUGUGGUGUGUAACAAGCCAGAACCUGUGGUCUACAUGGACUCACUUUGUACCAGCCUGUAACCAUUCUAAUUUUCAGAAAAAAAGAGUUCUUAGCAAAUUCUGAUAACUUUCGUUUCCUGCCUACUCACCUUUUUCCUCUCCACUAACUUCACAAAGAGCACUUGGAGGUCACAAAAUCCCCACUUUUAAAAUCACAUGGUUAGGUGACAAAGCUGUGACUUUUGCCCUCAAUAUGCAAAUUUUUCCCCAUUGGAAUGUGCCUGUAAAUAUUGCAAUGUUCUGCUGAGUGUAAAUUAAAUUAUGCAGAUUCUAAGAUAAA